AUGAACCCCUAUGUGGGUUUGGUGAGCAGCCUGCGCAGUGCCUGGCUCACGGGGAAGACGCGCGCCGCUGAGCACCGGGUCUCCCAGCUGGAGGCGCUGGGCCGCUUCCUGGAUGACAAGAAACAGCCCAUCCUGGACGCCAUGGCCUCGGACAUGCGCAAGCCCCCCUUCGAGGUGGAGAUCUCCGAGAUCAUCCUGGUCAAGAACGAGGUCAACGACGCACUCAACAACCUGUCGAGCUGGAUGAAGGACGAGUUCGUGGAGAAGAACCUGGUGACUCAGCUGGACACGGCCUUCAUCCGGAAGGAGCCCUAUGGAGUGGUGCUGAUCAUCGGGCCCUGGAACUACCCCUUGCAGCUCAUCCUGGUGCCCCUGGUUGGGGCCAUCGCAGCCGGGAACUGUGUGAUCAUCAAACCCUCCGAGAUCAGCAGCAGCACUGAGAAGCUCCUGGCUGAGAUGCUGCCCAGUUACCUGGACAAGGACUGCUUUGCUGUGGUGACCGGGGGCCCUGCGGAGACCACCCAGCUCCUGGAGAACAAGUUCGACUACAUCUUCUUUACAGGCAGCCCCCAAGUGGGCAAGAUCGUGAUGGCAGCUGCGGCCAAGCACCUGACGCCGCUGACGCUGGAGCUGGGGGGCAAGAACCCCUGCUACGUGGCCGACGAGAGCGACCUGCAGAACGUGGCCAACCGGCUGGUCUGGGGGCGCUGCCUCAACGCGGGGCAGACCUGCGUCGCGCCCGACUACGUGCUGUGCAGCGCGGAGACGCAGGAGAAGCUGCUGCCCGCCCUGCGCCACGCCAUCACCCAGUUCUUCGGCCCCGAGCCCCGGGAGUCGCCCGACUUCGCCCGCAUCAUCAGUGACAAGCAGUUCCAGCGCAUCCAGGCCCUGCUGGGCAGCGGGCGCGUGGCCAUCGGGGGGCAGACGGACGAGAGGGAGCGCUACAUCGCCCCCACAGUGCUGGCGGACGUGCAGCCGUCAGACCCUGCCAUGCAGGAGGAGAUCUUCGGGCCCGUCCUGCCCAUCGUCACCGUGCCCAACGUGGACGAAGCCAUCGCCUUCAUCAACCGCCGGGAGCGGCCGCUGGCCAUGUACGUCUUCGCCUCCGACAGCAAGCUGGUGCACCGGGUGCUGGAGCGGACGAGCAGCGGCGGUUUUGGUGCCAACGACACCAUAAUGCAGAUGACGCUAAUCUCACUGCCCUUCGGUGGGAUUGGGAACAGCGGGCUGGGCUCGUACCACAGCAAGUUCAGCUUCGACACCUUCUCUCACCACCGGGCCUGCCUCCUGCGCAGCAUGGGCCUGGAGACCGUAAACGCCCUGCGCUACCCCCCCUACGGCGAGCGCAAAAAGGGGCUGGUGCUCUCCACCUUCGGGAUCAAGCGCAAGGGCACCUGCACCCUGCUGUGA